ACCAUUUUUCUCUCAUACUCAAAAACUACCAAACUACUUUCUCUUUUCACUUACCUCUCAUCAAACCAUGCUUGAUCACCAGCUAAGAUUCACCAGUAAACCACUAUAUUCUGUGAGCCCUACCCACCAAAUCCAUAGCAGUCAUGACAGUGCAGGAGAUACAGAAUUCGACUUCUGGUUAGGUGGCACUGACAUGGAGGUUCAAGCUCAAACAAGCCUUGUUGAAGAAGGUUUUGAAGCUUACUCACCAGCUUUAUGGGAAAGAAUCGCAUCAAGAAAAAUUGAUUAUGAAUCUUCCCCUUUGCUCCCUCAUAACCAUCAUUCUAGUAAACUUUCCUCCGCGUCAAGGAAAAAAACAAUUGCAGAAGGUAGGAGGCAGCUUAUGGAAAUGGUUCAAGACAUGCCCGAGUCUUGUUUCGAGCUCUCUCUGAAAGAUAUUGUUGAUGAGCAGCAUAUCUCUGGAGUUCAAGAGGUGAUCAUCGAAAAGAGUGGAUUUCAUCUUGACACUGAGCCUAAGAUGAAGAGGCAAAAUAAAAAGAAAAAUAAAGGCAUUACUAAGGCAAGUCAGGUGUCGAGGAUCGGAAGUAUGGACAAUAAAACUUUCCUUCUUAACAUGUUCUUCCCAACUUCUUUAGCUUUGAAGAUGAAAUCAAAGGCAGGCAACUGCUCAGAAGUUUCUCCAAGUCCAUCUUUUGAGGAUAGCAAGCAUCAUAUUGACAAGGAUUGGUGGAUGAAAAGGCUUUUGCAAGGAGAAUCCAAUAAAAGAAAUCUAGGGAAUAGCAUGAGUGGAAGCACUAGGAGCAGCAACAGCGGCACAAGCAGGCUUGAUGAUGCCAAUAUCAUACCUGGUUGCUGGUCCUUCCACACCAAGAAAAACAAGACUGAGAGACGGAGAGGAUGCAUCUUCUAAAUGGAAUGCGAUUGAGAACAGCAUAGGAAUGAUCGGGUUGUGCAUUUGUUCCUGUUAUCCUUCAGUAGCAAAUCUCUCAACUUUUUAAACUAGUCAAUUUCCACAGCUUGUUGCUGGUGGAUAAUUGAAUGAACUGUAGGUGGAGCACGAAUUAAUGGCCAGAUGCAGCUGCUGCUCUGAAUAAACUAGUCACUGAAAUUUCAGGUCAGGAAUUAACAUUUUAGACCAUCGUUGUGAUUGGUCUGAAUCUUGGCCUAGCAAAUCCUGUUGAAUAUUGUAUAAUAAAAAUCUCCCGGAACCUGUGUAUAGUUAUUUGCCAAGACAUAGGCUAAAGCCAGAUAGCCUAGCAAUAGGUCAUCUUUCUUCGAU